ACAAUGGCACCAAACCACAGGCGUACUAUCCGUCAGAAGAAAGCCGAAGCAAGACAUGAUUCAUCAAAAUUCAAUGCACAAACCAUUUGGUGGCUAUCAGCCACAGCCUAUCCCUCCGAGUCAACCCUCAAUGGUGCGCAUGGAUCUUCCCCCACUCGGCUUCAGCCUCCACAUAUUCCUCACUUUGCGCCGGCUGGUAGAGCAGAUGUUCGAGUUGGUGGUGAGGCACAGAUAUAUGAUGUCGCAGGCCGUCAGCUCUAUUCAGGACCAUAUCACCAUACUUUCAGAGCUUUGCACAACUUCAACAACUUCAAGUUCGACGACUCAACGCCAACAGAUCGAGAGCUGCGGAGAGUCAAAGUUGACGGUGCCGGUGCUGCGCCGAGGCGUGACAUGACGUGACCAUAUUUUGCAGAUUAGCAGUCAGACCCUGAAUUUUCUCGGCUUUCAUCCGACACCACACCACAACGUCCUAAAAAUGAGCAAAAAUCAGAUCUAUAUAGAGGUGGUACGAAUCUACAACUCUCUAAAUUCGUGGAAGAU